AAUCCCCCGACACUGAGGCCGCCAUGGACUUAGGAGCAUCUGAAGUGAUGGAGUCUGAGGUUCUUUAUGACUGCGUGAUCUGUGGCCAGAGCGGACCUUCCACUGAGGACAGACCCACUGGUCUAGUAGUUCUCCUCCAAGCAUCCUCAGUGCUGGGGCACCGCUGCAGAAGCAAAGAGCCUAAGAAUCUACCGACGAGUGAUGAGGAGCACAUCUACGCUGCAGACACGUGCGGAGUGGCUAAUGAUGUCAGGCUCACGCUCAUGCAGCGGUUCUUCAAAGAUAGUUCUUGUCUGCAGUCUGUGUCAAUAGGUUGGGAUGGGGGCGUGUACGUCCAGACCUGUGGGCACACUUUGCAUAUAGAUUGCCACAAGUCAUACAUGGAGUCUCUGAGGAAUGACCAGGUCCUCCAGGGUUUCUCCGUUGACAAAGGUGAAUUUACGUGCCCACUGUGUCGACAGUUUGCCAAUAGCGUCCUUCCCUGUCGCCCUGGGCGGGGAACAGAGGCUGGUGCCUGGCGCACACCCACGAACAAGAAGACGUACGUGCUUGUGAAGGAGGUGGAAGAUCUUCAGGAGAAACUUGGCCAUUUCCCAACGGAAUCAAACUUGAGCAAAGAGAUGGAGUUGGUCAUUAAAGACAUCAAGAAUACCACCCAGAAGAAAUACAUGGACUACGGAAAGAACCCUGGCUCCCCCGACAAUGAUUUCCUCUUCAUGUACUCUGUGGCAAGGACUAACCUGGAGUUGGAACUUGUGCACCGGGGAGGAAACUUGUGCUCUGGAGGGGCCAGUGCAGCUGCCAAACGCUCGUGUCUAAAUCAGCUGUUCCAUGUGCUGGCUAUGCACAUGCGUCUGUACAGCAUCGAUUCAGCCUACAACCCUUGGACUAAGCUAACUCAGGUCACACAAAGCAAAGAGGCAGAUGGUUUUGAUGAAGAGAGACCUGAGGUACCCAUGCUGUUUCGAGAUGUCCCAUCCCUCCUGAUUAUCUUUGUGCUAACGAUGCCACAGCCUCUGCGAAAAGAGCACUUUAACUGUGUGGUGAAGAUGCUGUACAACCUGCAGUUCGCCCAGGCUCUGGCUGCACUCUCAUCUAAGUUUAGCCCAGAAGAAAGGCAGGCCUGGAGCACAUCCGGAGCACUCAAGAAGAGUGCUGCAAAUGCUGAGAAGUCUUUUGAAGCGCUGCUCAGUCACAUUAUCAGUGAGCUGUCUAAGGACAAGAGUGUCUACAAGGUGAACGCUGACGAAACAUCAAUGCUGAUCUCCAGUGUGUGGUCCCCACAGUCUAUCGAGUUCAGCCUCCAGCAGUUCUGCCUGCCCUUCCUUCGCCUCUCCUGCCUUCUGCAGCAUCACCUCUAUGGAGACAACCUAACUAGCUGCCUGGAGGAGGAGGAGUUCUUGUCCUUGGCUGUGUGUCUGGGGCUCUUGCCGUCGGCUCCUCAGCUUUCCAACGUCGUGAACAGUGCCUCAUGUCUGAAGUGGACGGUCAGCGGCUUUGACUUGGUGACACAGUGGUGCGCUGAGGUCACAGGGCUCUCUCAGAUGCAGACUGAGCAAUCAUUGACCUUGCUUGUCCAGGAUCCUCAGUGGGCAGCCCCCCGCCUUCUCCAAUUACCUGACAACUACAAUAUCAUCUUCCAGUACUAUCACAGGAAGGCCUGCACUGCCUGCAAAAAGGUGCCAAAAGACCCUGCACUCUGCCUUGUUUGUGGAGCCUUCGUCUGUCUCAAAGGCGUGUGCUGCAAGCAGCAGGGUAUCUGUGAAUGUGUUUUGCACUCCCAACAUUGUGGCGCAGCUACAGGCAUCUUUCUACUGAUAAAUGCCUCAGUCAUCAUCAUCAUCCGUGGACAUCGUUUCUGCCUGUGGGGUUCUGUUUACCUUGAUGCCCAUGGAGAGGAGGACCGCGAUUUACGCCGUGGCAAGCCUCUCUUCUUGUGUGAAGAGAGGUAUCGAGUGUUGGAGCAACAGUGGGUUUCACACACCUUUGAUCACAUCAAUAAGCGUUGGGGCCCUCACUAUAAUGGACUCUAAGAUCUUCCAAAGUCCACUGAAAACAGCAACCCGUGACGGAGAAGAUUUUUAUUUCUGGUUUAUGUGUCUGCCUCGAUCAAAAUAUUUGGGAACUCUUUAACGUGAUAAACACAAACAUCCGGUGAGGGUAUUGCUGCCACAGCCUUGGUUCAUGUGAAGUUUGGUGUACAAUCAUGCCUAAAGAUUAACACGUGUGUGUGUUUAAGUGAUUUAUUGUGUGGUUUUCAACAGGGAAAAACAGAAUUUGGUAAGAUCAAAGUUAAAAGCACAACUUUGCCCAGAAAUUCAAUUGGUUUCAGACAGGCUUUUGAAGCCUGUCAUAUUUAUUUGGGGGGGGGAUAUAUAUAUAAAAUCAAAUCAAGUGCUGAAUGUCCCAGCAAACUUUGAUUACUUUUUGCACCAUUUAUGAUGAUGUUAAUGCAUAUCCCUUUUUAUUUAUCGAAAUGUGCUCUGCUGUGCUGGCAUGAGUUUCAAGCUCCUUAUGAGUGUAGCGAUGUUAUUGCAAUGUGCACUCAUUGUCUGCUGACACGUGAUGGUAGGCAGGACAAGUCCACCCAUCAACACACUAGAGUUUUUUUGCAAACAAGCAAAGGCUCUUUUAUGGGUCUAGUUGCAAUCCAUCCUCAGGAAUUUACUUUUUUUUUUUUUUUGCUGGUUAAAUUACGUUUUAGAUAUUUAAAUAAAUGCUGCUGUUCAUUGUUCAAGUAAGUAAUUUUAAGUUUUGUGAAGAUUUUUUUUCUAAGGUUGUGCUUUGGGUUUAUGGUAGAUAGCUGGGAAUGUUUACUCAAACUCACUUUCAUGUUUAAGGAGGUAUGCGGUCAUCACGCUCACGCUUUUUGUUUCUGGUUGGUUUGUAGGAAGAAAGAAACUCUAAAACAGCUAAAGCUACAACCAGUCUACAAGUAAUUUAAGACUUAUUGUCAUCGCUCCACAAAAACCUGAAGUCAAACAUUCAAAAUUUAAGUAGCAUACAUUUUUAAAGAAAAGAAACGUCAUCGCACAGAUAAUGGUGUCCUGCUGUACUGGCAAACCUGAACACCGAGCAGAAAUACUAUAUUGGCUCUAUCAAAGUUUUCUCUCAAUGAAAUGCCAACACUCCCCUGUGCUGUCAAGAAAGUUUUUCCCUUUUUAAGCUUUUGAUUGUUGAGCCCUAACUGCAGUAUAGAACAUUCAUUGUGAUGACUAUCCCUGCAUCAUCUAGUUGUGAUUUAUAGUUGCAUUCCAACAUCACAAGAUUAUCAGACUUGAGCAUCCGUUAUACACUGUGCAUGACAUCCUUUAAGUCACCAUUAUUUAAGUGUCUUAGCUACUUAAUUUUCUGAUUAUCAUCAUUUUUUUUUUUUUUCUCGGAAGAGGAAAUUUAUCCAGUCGUGCCUGCAAGAGUAAUGUUAAAUUUUUCAAGUGAUAAACGACAUACUGCAGAUAUCCCUGAUGUCUGGUUUUGAAAUGCUGGGCCACGUCGUGCUGCAUCAAGGAAUCUUUAAGGAACAAGUUAACACUUGAAACAACAUCCUCUUGAAUUCAUGCAUGCUGCUUCUCUGUUUACUCAGUUUCUCCUCUCUUCUUGAUUUUGCAGUACCCACUAUGUAAAUGACCGCAACCAAAUAGCCAAUGAGAAAUGGGUGUAAAUUGUAACUGAAAGCUCUUGCGUGUUCUCCUGUAUGAAUGAAGAGAGAAUACAGUACAUUACUGUAGGUGCUGACUCAAACUUUCUGAGUUUGACCAGAAAGUAUGACUUGGACAUUUAAUGCAAAAUGUAACAUAUGUGAAUAAAAUAUAAACACACUGA